AUGGCGGACGAAGGAGCAAUUCCUUUGGUGGAUUUUAGUGUCAUGGGUUUAAAUUGCGCAAACCCGCCUUCGCAAGACGAUGAAUCGGUCAAACUAUUAGCCGAAAAGAUCCAUACAGCUUUUAGUACGAUUGGGUUCGUGUAUUUAUCAAAUCACGGGAUAUCUGAUGAGGAGGCAAGUUUGUUAUAAAGGUUUUACGAAGGGGUACAUGGGGGUAUUACUUACAAAAAUGGACUGUUCUUCAUGAAAUCAAAGUCACGUACUUUAUUAUUUUGUUAUUUUCAAAUCACUAUGCCAAAAAAGAGAGAAAUCGCUUUUACGAUUUUCGGAGAUACUGUUCAUACCAAAAAUUACAAAAAUAGCUAACACUGAUGAGCGGGCCAUUAUAGCCCAAAGAGGGAAAACCAGUUAACUUUUUCGUUGUUUGACUGAUUUGCUUUCUCUUUUAACGUCAUCCAUUAGAUUUAAAGGGUUCUUACACCAAGGGUAACCCAUGAUUCUUCCCUGAGUGUCGUUGAUUCAGGCCAGGGGUGGGGGGGGGCGGUGUUAUUCCUCAACCAAUAUUUGGGUUUAGGUGAGCCACUGACCCUGUUUAGGACAAAAAAUACCUAAAGUAAAAUACAUACGCUGUUUAGGACAACACCGUCAAUUCAUUACCCUGCUUAACACAAAGGAGAAAGUGCAAGCCAUCUUGUUUUAAAGCAAUUGAGCAAUUUCAUGUUAAAGGCUUUUGUAUACUAACUUGGAGUACAAACAAAAUUCAUCUAGCAAAUCAAAUCAAUCAUGCAGGCGAUACCCUGUUUUACAGACUUACACAAAAUUACAUACCCUGUUUAGGACCGACCCACACAAAAUUAUAUACCCUGUUUAGGACAGAAAGGUAAAAAACGUUACCCUAUCCUGCUGCACAUCCCUGUAUAGGCCAUAUGAGGGAGUACCCCCCAUCCCACCCCACCCCACUGGGAUCCAGAAAGCUUUUAGUGAUUGCUGCAUAUCUUAAUCUUUUUUAUUAACUUGCUUACUGAAAUAUAUUUUUUUCUACUGAUCAUGUUUUUGGCAGAUUUCAGAGGUUCGUAAGGCUGGUGAUGGAUUUUUUAAUCUUCCCGUUGGUGUCAAAAAAAGCUAUUCCCGUCCUUCUGAUGGAAGGAACUUUGGAUGGGUUUCACUAGAAAGAGAAAGGUAUGGCUUGCAGUCCAAAAUGUUUUAGUGUGUACAGGACAUUCCAUUUUUAUUUGCAUCCCCCAAAGACACGUGGAAUCUGAAUCUUCAAAUUUUUGCAGCACUCCUUUGGAAAAUGAAAUCUGAAGGUUUUUAUUUUUUUGUCAGCACCUUUGAAAAAUUUGUCAGAAGGGUCCAAACUUUGUUGCUUCUUUGAAGAUAAAAUUUGAACCCCCCCCCUAUUAAAAAACCUGCCGUCCUUAGAGGGGGUCCUUCAGCACACCCCCCUCGCUACUGGACACACCCUAAUUUUAUUAUUGCGAGUAUUUUAAUGAAAAUUUUUAUUUGUCUACUACUCAUAAAGAUUCCGGUUUCUACAGCUUGAAUCCUUCACGGCCAGGAGAUUUAAAAGAAGCUUUUAAUGUUUGUGAGCUAGACGAGGAAUCACAGGUUUGUUGUAAAAUCAGUUAGGAGAAUUUCAUGAAAGAUUAAAGCAUUUUCCCUUUGAUGAUCAUUCAGUCCACUUUCAUAACCUUUUCCUGUGAUGAUGAAUGGAUAUUGUUAGGAGGAAACAGAGAUUCCAACCCUGUCAACUGAAAAAAAGGGAGGUUUAUGGAGUGGCAUAGCUGCACCCACAAGCGCCAAACGCAUGAGCCACUAGGUGGGUCCAGGGGCAUGCUCCCCUGGGAAAAACUUUUAAGACAUGUGCCUCUAAGAUGCCAUUUCCUGCAUUUUGAGAUCAAAGUCAAUGGAAAAUAGUGGAGAUUUUAACUGGCAGUGGAAGCUAAGGCCUAUUGGUCCCUAUCAGGUCAGUGUAUUACUGUGCCCCAAAUUAUCGCAGGCUCAUGUUCGGAUGCCAAAAGGGUAAAAAUGGUUGAGAAAACACAGAAAAACGGCAAAGAAUCGUGCUAAAAAAGACUGGUUAAACAAAGAAAACAUUAUCUUUCUUUGGCUAGGAAGAGUUUCAAAUACCAGGAGAAUAUUAAGCGAAAACGGGAGGCCAGAAAUAUUCACCGAAAAUGGGAGGUUUCUGGCCAAAAAGGGAGGAUUGGAAUCGCUGAGAAAACUGAAGUUAGUUGCUGGACUAAUGGAAGCGGGACUGUAGCUAGAGUGAGGUGAAAUGAGUGUUGAAUUUCUUGAAAAAUAUUUUGUGCUUGUUAUCUUUUUUUCUGACAUUAUCUCAGCAAAUAUUUUCAUUAGGCUACAGUUCUGCAUGUAGAAUGCAUUGCUUGCAAAUCGCUGCUUAUCCCUGUAAAGAAUGUACAAUAUACAUGCAAAUGUAAAGAGGACUGAUAUCAAUAAUUUUCGGAUCUUUUAUGUCUCUUUUCUUGUAGAGGUGGCCAGACAAAGAAGCCCCAGAAUUUAAACCUGUAGUCAUUUCUUUUUUCAAGAAGUGUACUGAUCUGGCACUGAGAAUUAUUGAUGUUGUUAGCAUAGGUCUCAAGCUUAAGGUUGGUAAAUGAUACUUGAAUAAUAUAUAGAUUUAGCCAGAGCUAAAAGCAAAACUCCCAUUUAUGCAUUUAUAAUUUACUUCAAACAAUGAACUUGGAACUAUUUCAAAGGAAUCCAGAAAUCUAUACUGGACUUUAGGGGAGGACCAUCUGACUUUUGAGGACUCGCUGAACACAUGAAUUUGAGCCCGGGAUCAGUUAAAAGCUAAUAACUGGUCAGUGGAGUACAUGAAAAAAAUCAUGUGACACAGAUGAGUUGACACUUGAGCCCACAAUACGCUCUUCUCACAUAUGGUAAUAUGCCCGUCUAACCUCGUUUACGGGUAAAAAUUCUUUUGAAAUUCAAAUACGAAAACGUCGUCUGAUUAGCAUUUCAAAGGACUUUUUACUCAAAAACGAGGUUAGACGGGCAUAUUACCAUACGUGAGAAGAGCGUAUACGGUCAUGUCAUUCUGCUCAGCAGAUACCCUGUUUUGACAGCUGUCAAUUGACUAGAAAAUGGAUGUCUAUUAUCAAGUUUAGGUUACAGGCUCCCAUACUAGCUAGAAUGACAUUUCACAUUGGUUUCCCUUUGGUGUGGACGGAUGGAAGGGCGGAUGGGAGUACCAUCACGUGACUACCAAAAUUUCUCGGAUGCAUACAUGCAGACAAGAGAAAAGGGAAAAAGUACACACAAGCAUUGUUAGAUGUUGUGUGACCUCAAAGUAACCAAUGAGAAUGCGCACUGUAAGGAAAAAAAUUUCCAGCUAUAUAACAAUAACCAUAUAUUGAUGCAUGACACAUAAAAAAUAACUGUAUAAAUAUUUACAGGACCCCAAAUGGCUCAGUCGCGUCCAUGGUGGCAUUGGCACCGCAGAGAAUGCAACUGCAUUGCGACUGUUAUACUACCCACCCCUCCCUGAAGACUCUGAUAUAAAACCUGGUCAGGUACGGUGUGGGGAGCAUAGUGAUUAUGGCUCAAUUACUCUCUUGUUUCAAGAUGAUGUUGGUGGCUUAGAGGUGAGAGAUAUUUUAAGACUAAAGUUUAAUCUUAAAUUGCAACCACUAAAGAUUGUUUUGAUCUAUUUUUUGGAAGGAGUGUAAAAUCUAAAAAUGUAAAUGCCUUGUUUAUAGCGGAAGUGCCUGAGGUCACACCUAUACUAAUGCGUUUUCAUUUGAAAAUGCAUACCUUUUGAUGUGUUCAGUCCUUCUGUCCACACUACUCUGAGCGUUUUCAUUGAAAACUCAUAGAUUUGAAAACGCUCUUGAAAGUGGCUCAAAAUGAACAAUUCAUGCAUAUCAUAUAAGACAAAGUGUGAAUGGUCGAAAACGGUCGAAAAUGCAUCAAAAUGAAAACGAUGACCAAAAACAUCACAGGUGCAUGAGUUUGUAGCAUGUGUGUAGAGUUGAACUUAUGUCACAUGGGGUAUCAAUAAUUUCUGGAUUGACAUACCAGUACUCCACAUUACACAGGUUCUGCCAGUGAAUGGAGAAUAUACUGCCGCCAAGCCUGUCGCAGGAACUGUGUUGGUAAACAUCGGAGAUCUCAUGCAACAAUGGACUGCUGAUAAACUAAGAUCAACAGUAAGUUGAGUAGGCGACGUCCGAGUUCCGAAAACCCUCACUUCUAAAACGAGGCGAAGUGCACAACCUUUCUUGUGGAACUGAGUUCUAUUUGCAUGAGAAUGAAAAACAUUUUCAUAUCAUUGGUUGAGCACUUAACCUCGUUUUGAUACAGAGGCCCAGGGGAACUCGGAAAUGGCCUAUUAAGGCCUAUUCCCCAUUAACAAGGCUCUCUUUAGCGGGGGUGGGAGCGUUCGUCCUUAGCCUUACAGUUUGCGUUUUGAGGGGUAGGCCAUGUCCUUGUUGGUAUUCACAAUCAAGGCAGGUGAAGCGUAUCCCCCAAGAUUCUAUCAAUGAAUUGAUUAUUUGAAAACUGAAUCCGUCAGUCGUUCCCGUAAAAAAGUGUCAAAAUCAAAUUGGCAUUCCUGCACACGAAAUGAGCAGUGAAUAUUUUACGAGAACUUGAACUGGUCUCGCAUGGCGAUGGCGGUGAAAACCACAGGCAGCCCAAACUCUACGGUCGUUUGAAUGUGAAUGUUAUAAGAGAACUUUUAGGAAUAAACGACAUACGUCCUAAUCUCAGUCUUUCGCAAAGAUUCAAAAACAAAUGACUUACCUUGUCCUUGUGUUUUUUCUGUUCGGUUCUCGAGCCAUUUCAAAGUCGUUCGCGGCCAGUUUUCAGCGUUUUAGAUUUCAAUGUGGACUAGCCUGUAUUCCUUUGUAUGGUAAGAACUCGAAAUAUAUCUUUUGCCCCGCUCAAUUUGUCAAUUGUAGACAAAUUGUUCAGCAGUUGAAUUCUUCAGCACUCUGUCCAAGUCCAAAAACGGAAAAUUCGUCGUCGGUUGUUCACUUCGUCCAACGUCGCAAUGGGAGGUUUCUCGUCGUGGUCAAGUAGUUCACGUCAGCGAAAUUUGCCAAAAAGCGUGAAUCACUACUCACGCUUUUUGGCAACAACAGCUCUGCACGUGCAGAGCUGUUGUUGUUGUUGUUGUUGUCAGUUGUACCAAAAAGUCUGAAGCACGUGCGGAGCUGUUGUUUUGUUUAUAAAACCAAUGUUUUUUGACUUUCUGGUUUUGCUUUGGGUUGAGCUAACCUCCGAAUUUGAAAUUUUGUUCUUAAAAUUUGAGGCUGGCGUUCAGCAUUGACACAAAUGACCGCGAAAACCUGAAGCUGCUAAGAUAGGAGAUGAAAACUUGAAGGAAUGGAGCACUAAUUUCCGUUUAGAACAUUCUAACGGGGAAGUGAGGACUACCUUUUCAGAUGUCCUGUUUCCUACAAAAAAAUUUUCACUAGAACGACCCGAAAAGUUACAGAAUUCCGUUUCUUUUUUGUUUAUGGUAAAUAACCGUUCUCUCUCUCCUUCGCCUCAUCUUUGUCAUCAGGACCGGUAGUGGCCCUUAAACUCAGAAAUUCCAAUUAGACUACGAGCAGUCUCUUUUUUUCUUAGUCCGUCGAGCGAAACGCGCGAGACACGAAAAUGGUCACGUGUGUGAUGGAAGGCGCGAGACGGGAGAGAACCGAAAAAUGUCUACCGCCCUGUCUACCGCCCUCCUUUCUCAGCUGCUUUGCCACUCGACCCUCGCGCGCGCGCACUACUCUUACUAAAUCUGUAGAAAAAGCGACUGCUCGCAGUCUAGUGGAGAUUUGUUUUAUAUUCAGUUGUUUAAUAACUUUAUUUUCUUUUCCAGAAACAUAGAGUACUCAUUCCAGAAGAGGAGCUAAAAAGAAAAAUAUUGCGUAGAUCACUAGCGUUUUUUGUUCAUCCUAACAAUGAUGUUAUGAUUGAAUGUCUCGAUGGGUCAAAUAAAUACCCUCCCAUAACAGGUAUGGGAUAUCUUCAACAACGAUUUGCCGCAACAUACUAA